AUGGCGACCCGAAUUGGUUUGUUCAAAAUUCUUAUUUGCACGGACACUCAUUUAGGUGCACUUGAGAAAUCUGAAAGUCGUCGAGAUGACUGUUACAAAGCUUUUGAGGAGAUUCUCUCCACUGCACGUGACCAAGAUGUAGAUUUUAUAAUCCAUUCUGGAGACUUAUUUGACACGAAGAACCCAACUAAAGUAUGUCUAACAAGGACCAUGGCAUUACUAAGGAAGUAUUUAACAGGGAUUCCGAAAAACACAUAUCAAGUUGGAAGUCUCAGCGAUAUGGAAUACAAAGACAUCUCGUUUGAUGACUCUCGUGGUAUUAAAUAUCCUAUGUAUAUCAUUCAUGGCAACCACGACGAGCCGAGUGGGACCGAAUUAAUUGCUGGUCUUGACAUAUUACAAACUGCGGGGUUAGUCAAUUUUAUAGGAAGAGAUGAUAAACACACAAUCACCGAGUUAAAUGAAAAAUUUUUGAGACUCGAGCCAAUCAUUUUUGUAAAAGGUGACACAAAGAUUGCACUUUAUGGAAUGAGUUAUAAGAAGGGGGAAGAAAUGAAUAAGAUAUGGUCAUCACAAAGAGUCCACAUCGAACAGCUCGAUGAAUCAGAGAACGUCUUCAAAGUGCUGUUAGUCCAUCAAGAUAGAGUCUUACACGACUCACUCAAGAUAGUACCGGAGGAACUUUUCAAAGGAUAUUUCGACUUUGUCGUAUUUGGCCAUGAACAUAUGUGUCAGGUCGCUACAGGCAAACCAUGGUCCAUUCAACCCGGAUCGAGCUUUCCUCUUUCGAUCUGUGAGUUUGAGUCUUAUGAAAAAUUCAUAGCGGUGUUACAAGUUGAAGGGAGCGAUUACAAUGUUGAAAGAAUCGCACUGAGAAAUGUCAGACAAGUGUUUUAUAAAGUCGAACAAAUACCAACUGAACUCGAAGGGUCGAACAACCUGAGCGCAGUGACACAAUACAUCAAAGACACAACACAAGAGUUCUUCGACUUUAUUGAAGCAAAUAAUACACACCCAGAAAUGGCGCCAAUGGCGAGAAUAGUGUUUGAAUACACAUGUCUUGAAUGUACAGUGAAUGCAAGAGAAAUAGCAGUUCUCUUUGAUAAACCGUUGUUGAACAAAGGAGACUGCGUCAAGAUGAAGAAGAAAGCAAUCAAAAGAGAGAAAAAGAGGAAAACUGCAGUGAGCGAUGACUCACAAAUGUCGGAAGACAGUGACUAUGAAGAAGAGGAAAACAGCGAAAUAGCAGCGCGGAGGAAGGCGAUUGAAAUAGAGACGUACAUGCAUAAGGAGUUCGAGAAGAAUAAAAUUCAGUCGAUGCCCAUCAUCGAGAUCGAAAAAAUCAUCGAGAGCAUCGGGAAUGGGGAAUAUGAAGAAAAGACCAAAGCGAGGCCACUUGAAGUGCUUGUCAAUUAUUGUCUAGAAAAAGCAGUAGAGGAAUCUUUGACAGAUGUUGCAGUGAACGGAAGGGACAAGAAAAUGGUCGAUGUGAUGUCAGAAGGGAUGCGGAAGGUCCGUGAGAGAGCCAUAAAUGAAGACGAUCUCAAUGACAAGCGUGACGAGAUACUUAAGAGGAAAGAGGAGAACCCUAAAAAGAGGAAGAAGACUGCAAAGAAGACAAAGAAAACUAAAAAAGCGGUGAUGGGUGGUGAUGUUGAAAGUGAAGAAGAAGUUGAUGACAAUGACGAGGAAGAAGAAGUGAAAACAGUGAAAAAGAAAAAAACUAAGAAAAAAGUGAAUAAGAAAAAGUUACUGAGUUUAUUGAAGGCGGAUGACGAAUUUUAA